CCUUUUUUUUCUUCUUUAUAGUCGUGAUGUCCAACAGACAGCAACCUUCAGAUCUUAAAGCCUUCCUUUGUAAGGAAGUGGAGUCAAUAUGUGAUGCUGAGCCUGAUGUCCUUGCCAACUUUGUCAUGACAAUUAUUGGCGAAAAGGAGAUAGAUAACGCAUUAAGACAAUCUUUGGAGAAGAACCUCAGAGAUUUUCUCGACGAUCAAACUGGUCCUUUUAUUGAUCGACUCUUUGACAAGUUGAACGAAAACAACCGACCAGUAGAAAUUCUGUCUGCGGCUAUCGAAGAUCCUUUGAAUAUUUCUUCUCGCCGUUUAAGCGACUUCUCUGAUGAUGAGGACGAUGGUGACCGCAACUUUAAGCAUAGACGUCAGAGACAAGAGGAUCAGGAAGACUCUUACACAACCAGACAAGUAGAGGAGCGUGGUAAGCGUCGUUUCCCAGAAAACAACCAGGCCGGAGGUAUGAACAAGCACUCCCGUGUGGAUGACAGUAGACGGGGACCCGAUGGAAUUCCGAUGGGACCUGCCGCAAUGUACAAUAAUACCGUUCAGCAAUCAACAUUUGACGGUCGGGGCAGAGGAAGAGGAAAUAGAGGAAACCGUGGAGGGAUGAACAUGGGACGUACACAAAGACCCCGAUGCAGAGACUAUAAUGAAAAGGGAUUCUGUAUGCGAGGAGACAUGUGUCCUUAUGACCAUGGUGUCGAUCGCAUCAUUGUAGAUGAAGGAUUCAACGGACCAUUUCCUAACGGCCCUGGCCACAUGGGUGCUAUGAGUGGGCGAGGACCUCAGCCUCCAUUCUUUGGUAUGCCAAAUACUAUGGUACCUAAUGGUAUGGGUCCUGAUGCUUAUGACCCUGAGCGUGCUACAUUGAUGCCCAACGGAAAUAUGCCUUUCCCCACUGAUAUGUCUAGCAUGUUGAUUCCUGAAACAAUUCCACCAAUUCAGAUGAGCCAACCAACCCGUGGAACUGCACGCGGAGGUAUGCGCGGCCGUGGCCGUGGCCGUGGUAGUUACAUGGGUGGUUCAAGUGGAGGCUAUCAGCAACAACUCCACAGCAAGUCCGGAACUACUCUUGUGGUAGAAAAUAUCCCUCCCGAGGAAUGUCAGAUAACAAAGGUUCACGACUUUUUCCAGAAAUUCGGAACUUUAACAAACAUCAGUGUCCAACCACACCAACAGAAAGCUAUUCUGCAAUACGGUACACGCGCAGAGGCUGAAGCUGCAUACCAUUCUCCUGACGCUAUCUUUGACAACCGAUUUGUAAAGGUAUACUGGCAAAGAGAGAAGGAAGAUGGCUCCCAGCAACCACAACAGCAGCAACAACAGCAACAGCAAGCUUCUAGUGCUGAGGCUCAGGCAGCUGCCUUGGCUGCAAGUAUUGCUGCAAAUGAACCCGAUCCGGAGCUUGUAGCUGCAAGAGCAGCAGAACUUGCAAAACAAAGAGAAGAAAAGUUAAAGAAACACCAGGAGAGAAUGCAGGCCGUAUUAGAUGCUCAGAAACAAAAAGAGCAGCUCCUCCAGAAGCAGAUUGACGAACAGAAACAGUUGAUGGAAAAGCUCGGAAACAAAGACAUGUCACGCACCGAAAAGGAGGAAUUACUCAAGUCCCUCAAGAAGAUUGGAGCUGAUAUUAAUGCCUCUAGAAGUGGAGUAGCUACUGCUGCUUCUGCGCCACAAACACAAGCAACUAGCACCACCACCACAACAACAACAUCUACAGCAACUGCCAGUGCUACUGCAGUUUCUGGAACACCAGAAACACCUGAAGAUCUGAAGAAAAAGUUGGCUAUAUUAGAAGCUGAAGCUGCUGCUUUAGGACUUGCAGCUUAUGGACCUAGUUUCCGCGGCGGACGUGGUGGGUAUUUUGGACGCGGACGUGGAUACCCAAGAAUGCGAGGUGGCAUGACACGGAUGAGUCUCGAUAACCGUCCCACAAAACUGUUGAUAAAGGAUAUCCCAGAAGACACAGCUGAGGAAGUUCAGAAACACUUUGAGCAAUACGGCACUGUCACAUCUUAUGAAUCCUCUGAACAAGGCGUUAUUGUGCAGUACUCUCAACGUUUUGAAGCUGAAAAGGCAAUGUCUGUAGGAGCCAAUUUCCCAAAGGGAACACUUCAGCUUUCAUGGUUUACAGAGUCAUCUUCCGGGGCACCUUCUACAACUGACAACUCUACAGAAAGCAAUCAGUCCUCUACUGAAGCCAACCCAGCCCAGUCAUAAUGAAUAAGAAAAGGCAGCUUUCUUUUUGUACAUAUCAUUAUUCGUGAUUUGUUUUUUUUUAAAGAAAAAAAAAUAAUGAUAAAGAAAAAAAAACAGGUCCGUUGAUGAAGAAACCAUUCCAAUUUGUGUGUACCUCUUCCCUUCCUCCUUUCAAGUCUUUCCUUCAAAUCAACCUCUUUAUCUAUCUUUUAAGUAACUUUAUCUCUCUAUCUCUCUCUCUUUCUUUUUAUCUUUAUCUAUUUCUUUAUCUAUUUCUUUCUCUAUAUUUCCUUUUUUUUCUUUUUUUUUUAAUACAUUGGCAUUUUAUAAUAAAAUAACAAUCCUAAGCC